GUCUGUGCAUAGAGCAGCUCUUAUUGGUCCCACACGGCGGUGGUACUUUUUUCCCAAAUUGUAUAGCACUGGUGCAAAAUGGCGCCGCUAUUGUUAUUGUUAUUAUUUUCAUAGUUCUCUCUAGAUAUAAAAGGUGAUGCCGGAACUUUUUUUCAUAAAUGUCUAAAGCUUAAGGCGUCCGCGCACCAAGAGUGCUCAAUGCCUCCCUCCUUCCUACCCCUCCUCACCCUCCUCGCUGGCCUGGGUCACUGUCUCCCUGGGAAGGACUGUGGUACCAACAGCACCCAUCGCCAUGACUACUGUGUGCUGGGUGCUGGACCAGCAGGACUGCAGAUGGGCUACUUCCUGUCUCAAACCCAAAGGGAUUACAUCAUCCUGGAGCGGAACUCAGGCCCCGGGAGCUUUUUCAACGUUUACCCUCGGCACAGAAAGCUCAUCAGCAUCAACAAGGUCUACACAGGGAGGCGCAACCCUGAGUUCAACUUGCGACAUGACUGGAAUUCCCUGCUUAGUGACAGGCCAGACCUGCUCUUUAAGCGAGUCAGCACGCAGCUGUACCCCAGGGCCGACGCCCUCCCUCGCUACCUCUCCUUGUUUGCUGAGGAGCUGGGCCUCAGAAUCAAGUAUGGAGUGGAUAUUGGGAAAAUUCAUGUUUCAGAACCUGCCUUCCAUGGAGGUCAUGGCUACAGGCUGACUGACCAGAACGGACUGGAGUAUACAUGCGGCAUCCUCUUAGUCUGCACAGGACUCUGGGUGCCUCAGGAGGUCAACUUCUUUGGGUCUGAGCUGGUUGAGGGUUAUGAGUCAAUACCUGUAGAUCCUGAAGAGUACCGCGGUCAGGCAGUACUUAUUCUGGGAAAAGGUAACUCUGCCUUUGAAACGGCACAAAGCAUUUUGGGAAGGGCGAGUCGAAUCCACCUCUACAGUCCAAGUCCUGUUCGCCUGGCUUGGCAGACACACUAUGUGGGAGACCUUAGGGCAGUCAACAAUGAGUUACUAGACACUUACCAGCUGAAAUCCCUGGAUGGUCUUGUGGAAGGUGGUCUAGAAGAAAUUGCCAUUGUUAGAUAUGACAGUGAAGAAAGGAAUAAAUCAAGCAGAAGAAAAAAGCAUGGUAGCGUGGAAAUGAAGGGGCGUGGACAGUUAUACCUGACCUUGGAUGAGCUCCUUGAUAACCAAAACAAGACUUUGGCUUUUAGUCCGAUGACCCUUCCUGGGUAUCACAAUGACAACUUUUCUCUUCGACAGCCAUAUGACCGCGUCAUUCGCUGUUUAGGGUUCCGCUUCAAUUUCUCAAUCUUUGAAGGUGCUGCCAGUCUGUUGCACAGCGGUAUGGCCAGAGGACGAUUGCCAGCAGUGACGGCGUGGUAUGAGGGAAAGGGGACUCCAGGCCUGUUUGUGCUGGGAACAGCAUCUCACUCUAGAGAUUACCGCUCCUCUGCGGGAGGGUUCAUACACGGCUUCCGCUACACAAUACGUGCAGUACACUGGAUCCUGGAGCAGCGUUACCAUAAUAGAGCUUGGCCCACUACUAAGCUCCAAACCACUCAGCUCCUGUCCUGGCUGUUGAGGCGGGUCAAUGAAGCAUCUGGACCUUAUCAGAUGUUUGGGGUGUUGGGGGACAUUGUAUUAUUGCGUGGGUCUCACUUUGAAUAUCUGGAAGAAUUUCCCCUCCAAGCUCUGGCUCAGUUCUCGACUCUGUCGGGACACCGGGUCACAAAGUCAGGCAUGUUGGUUCUUGUCAUGCAAUAUGGGCUGAAUCGCACUGACACACUGGGUUCAGGUCGAGCGGAGUCUGAGUGGACAUGGGCUUGGAGGUCUAACUUUCUGCAUCCAGUUCUGUACUACUACAGCACAAUUCCUACCGAACAAGAAAUGAAACACCGACCGGCUGGAUGGCCAUUACCACGGCCAAAGGCUAUUCACCACAUGAUUGAGGACUUCCUAACAGAGUGGGAUGGGCCAAUGUCUCACAUUCAGCCACUGCGCCGUUUUCUAGAGCACUGUCUUCAGACUGACCUCAGGGCCUUCUAUGCAGAGUCCUGCUUCCGUUUCUCCCUAACCUAUAGAGAGCCCCCCAUUUUCUGUCGUCUGGGUUACCUCAAAAAGCAAGGUGUCAUAGGGAACCGUAAACUGUGGCAACACGCACGGGAAGCAGGGCUCAUGCCUACUCAUCAUGAUUCUGGGACCCCUAAAGAAGACAUGUCCUUCCAAAAUUACAUCACAAAAGCUGCUGCUUCUGUAGCUUCGGGGAUGAAUUUUCAUCUCUAAUGUCAACAAAUUUAAACCAAAGAUUACGCUCCAUUUCCUACCUGGAUUUAGUUUUUGUUUUUACCUUUCAACUCUUACUACCUCUUUUUACAUUUUAAAAUGCCAAAUACUUUAGUGGAGUUUGCGUAGUUUCUCUCCUGUCAGAAUUUUUGUCUUUUUUGUAUGCUAUUUGUUUAGUUCAUUAUGUUUUUAAUGGUGGCUAAGGUACAGUAUAUGCACUAAUAUGGGUAUGCACAGUGUGUGUGUGUGAGACAAGAGUUGAGAUAUGAAUACCUAUAAAUUAUGCUGUAUUUAUUUUUUAUACUUGUUGUCUUCAGUUAUUGCCAAGUAUCCUCCUGUAGGUAUUUGUACCGGGGAUGCGGUGGCGCAGUGGGUUGGACCGCAGUCCUGCUCUUUGGUGGGUCUGGGGUUCGAGUCC